CAGCGCGGCAUCUUCCGUUUUACUUAAGUGCAAAAUAUAUCGCAUUGUCAUGAACUGAUGCAUCAAUGAUGAUUAUGGAAACGCAACGUCUAUUUGACACAGAUCCAGGUAUAUCGUAACGGUGAUGAACAUUUCAACUUUCAGACAGUCACGGAUAGAAAAUACAUUAAUUUAAACAAUGAAUGGAAUGGGGAAUAACGGGAAGAGUAGUGCUGAUUCUAAGCCCGCACCUCAGGAAAAAGAAGUGCCAGAAAAGAAAUCCUCUCAGAAAACUGUGACCAAAGCAACCAACCGGAUUUCCUAUUCGCCUAUUACAAAAUCAGCAACAGAAUCUCUCACCAGAACAAGGCUCCCUAACGCUGAAACCUCUGCUAACUCUCAAGUACAUGUGUCUAAACUGGCUAGCAAUAGAGUGUUAGCUUGUGAAUUUGAGAAAGCUGACAAAAGGCAGGCAUCCACUGUGAAGAUAACUUUCUCCAGGCCAUUGGUAAAAGAAAGCAGUUUGCAGGCUCUGAGAGGACCCUUGAAGACACUUCAAUCUGUUAAUCUAAGCCACAGGCCAUUGAGGAUGUGUUCUGAUGCUUCUGCGUCUUCAACUACAAUCGGACCGUUUGGAACCAAAGGGCAGCAGGUUAAGGCUGCAGUGAUGACCCAACCAAAGGCUGGCAGGAGAGAUCUAUUACUUGAAAGUAUUCGGAUGAGACGACCGCCCUGGAGGAUGGGAACGGUGGUAAGGGAUGUCCUGCUGCCCCGUCUUAAGCCGUGCUCGUUUGAGGGGUACCAGCAGCAGCCAGCCAGCCCAUGUAUGUGCAGGCUGAGGGGUGACAGGGGCCAAAGGGCUGGGCUCACGGCACCACUAGAGGAGAACCCAAAAUCGUUCAAGCACCACAACUGGCUCAUGCCCAUCUCCUUCGAGCCCACCUCUGCCAACCCCAGCCGCUGGGAGGAGUCCGCCCGCCCAAGCACGCCCACCCUUAACCUCCUGAACCGUGCUUUGUCAAGGAAGGGGGUGAGGCAGAGGCACAGCUCCUUCACGCUGCAGGGUCGCACUCAGGUCCCACGGCGCCCUGACCCCAACGGCCUGGACCUCUCCCAGAUAUCUGUCCCACUUCACCUGCCAAACUACCCGUAUGCCAAAAUCCACCUGACCCUGCCCACCGUGUGCUGUCCCACCUCCCUAUGCAGGAGAGACCAUAGCAUUCGGCAGGCGUCACCCUCCGAGUCAGACCCAGAAUACUCAUCUGAUUAUGAGGACGAGUCGGCGUACGAGUCAGACAGUGACACGUCUUGAUUACCAAUUGCCUGCUUAUUUUUAUUAACAUCUUUUUUUUAUAGGGAGAGCAGGAUGAGAGAUCUAGGCCUGUAUUAAUAUUUUGACUUGACUUUGAUGGAAAA